AAGAUGAGGCGCAUGCGCAAACCGCCGCCAAAGUUAACUCCUGAACUUCGCAGAGCCGAAAAAUUUUUCUGAUUUAUAAAAUCAGUGAGCUGACAUGGCAUUUCGCCGGAGAAACAAGAGCUACCCCUUCUUCAGCCAGGAGUUUCUCAUCCAGAACCAUGCCGACAUCGUGUUCAGCCUGGUAAUUUUCAUUCUGAUCGGACUGAUGUUUGAGGCAACAGCAAAGACAGCCAUACUCUUUAUUCAGCCCCAGUACAACAUCACCACAUUAUCACUAGAGGGAGAGGUGACUACAUAUCAUUAUGGAUGGAAGGACUGUGCCACCAUCCUCUUCUAUUUCUUCAUCGCUAUCAUCCUCCAUGCUGUAGUUCAGGAGUAUCUUCUGGAUAAAGUGAACCGCCGCCUUCACCUGUCCAAGAGCAAAAACACCAAGUUUAAUGAGUCAGGUCAGCUGGGUGUGUUCCAUUUAGUGUCGAGUGUGUGGAGUUUCUACAUCCUCAUUACAGAAGGAUAUCUUCUGCACCCCAGCAGCCUUUGGGAGAACUACCCCCAUUCGCACCUCAGGUUUCAGGUGAAGUUUUUCUACCUCACUCAGCUGGCCUACUGGCUCCACGCUCUGCCGGAACUCUACUUCCAGAAAGUACGCAAGGAGGAGAUUCCACGUCAGCUGCAGUACAUCUGCCUUUAUCUGCUGCACAUCUCUGUAGCUUAUUUGUUAAAUUUGAGCCGUGUGGGUCUGGUGCUCCUUUUUCUCCAGUACGUGUCAGAACUGGGCUUCCACAUUGCUAGACUCCUGUACUUCACUGAUGAGAAUCAUCAGAAAAUGUUUGAUCUGUGGGCGGUGAGCUUCGUGUUUACACGGAUGGCCACUCUGACCCUGAUGUUCCUCGCUGUGGGCUUUGGUUUGGCCCGCUGUGAGAAUCAGGGGCUGGACAUAGAGAUGGGGAACUUCAACACUGUUCUGAUAAGGAUGACUGUUCUACUGGUGGUGUGUUUGACUCAAUCUUGGCUCCUCUGGAAGUUUAUCCGCUUCCAGCUGAGGCGCUGGCGGGAGUUCAGACACGAACAAGCUGUCCGCAAGAAGGCUACCGCAAAACAACCCAUGCGGCAAUUAAAGAGGGACACAUUUGGUUAUCAUGAGAACGGAGUGCUUAAAGCUGAGAAUGGAGUCUCACCGCGGACAAAGAAGCUCAAAUCCCCUUGAGGUGGCAAACUUCCUGGCCUCCACGGUGACUUCAUCCCUAAUUAAGGUUUCUCAUCAGCACAGCAGUGAAGCUGAGGGGGAGAGCUGCCGCUGGUCACAUGGUUUUGGCUGAGAAUGUCCUGUGAUGAUGAUACAAGGACUCAGUUACUACAGACUUUUGGCUUGAAUGCUGGAAUAUGAAAAUCCAAGGACAUCCUUUGAGCCCAACAGACAUUUAUUCCUCUCAUUGUUUCAGUAUUGGUUUUCUUUUUGGUGUUUUUGUACAUCUCCACAGCCUGCGAUCCGACACUAAGGCACACCGUUAGUGAUUCAUAAACGGCAACAAAUAAAAAAAGAAAGUAAAGUGAGUAUUGUGUGCUGCACAUGUUAUCUUUGUGUCCAUGUUGAAUGUGUUUUUGCAUACUCUCAAACAUAAGUACUGUACUGCAGCUCAUACUAGUGAGCCGGCUUGGCUUGUUUUCUUUUCUGCUCCGCCGGGGCAGAAAAGCGUUGCUGAUGAAACGAUAUGAACUAACCAGCAAAAAAAAAGAAAAAAAGUAUAUAUCAUGCAUUUCUCACUGGUCACUUAAUAGAUUUGUAUCAAGUAUAUAUUGUGGAUGUUACCGCAUGCCAUUUCAUGUCCUUUUUAUUCCCUCUGUUUUGUUUAUCAAUUACUUUAUUAAAAAAUACAUUGGUCUGAAA